AUGUCUCAAAUUGAGAAGCUUCUUUCUGUAAAAGGAAAACCAAUGAUUCAUCACGAAGGUUAUAUAUACACUGUAGAACGUACAACAUCGACGAAAUUGAUUUUUCGUUGUCAGACUCGGGAUUGUAAAGCUCGAUGUCAUACCAAUUUAUCUAUGGACAUAUUUCUCUCACAACCAACAGCCCACUGCCAUGCUCCUCAACCUGAUCGUGUACCUGUUAUCCAAUUAAAAAAUGAAAUAAAAGCUCGUGCCGUAACAACAGAUGAAUCAACCAGCACCAUUAUUCAUUCUGUUUUGCGUACGUAUCCAUUGAGUGCCGCUGGUGAACUUCCGAAAAAUGAAGCACUUAUGCUAAUGAUUCGACGACAGCGUACUGGUGAAACGGUCGAUGUCGAUGGUCGUUUACCAGAAAAAUUAAGAAAAACGUAUCGCGAUGAAGACUUCAUCUUAUACGAAGAUAAAAAUUUAAUUAUCUUUACAACACAAACAAAUUUAUCUAUCUUGAAGCAAAAUAAACAUUGGUUCGCUGAUGGAACAUUCAAAGUAAGUUACUAA